GGAGCGCGCCCGCAGCCGCCGCCGCCGCCGCCGCCCUCCUCCGGAGAGAGGCAGGAGUGAGGCUGUGCGAAGCGCCUCAUUUCGAUGAGUAGCGGCCGAGGCGCGUCCCUCCGCUAGCGGCUGCAGCCCAGACGCCCGCGGUCCAGCAGCGGCCGCCGCCCAGCCUCGGCCCCGCCGCCGCCCCAGAGCCCCGCGGUCAGGCCGCACCCAGCCCCGCGGAGACAGCACCAGGAGGCGGCCCGGAGCGCAGCCACAAAGACCCCCGGCGGCGUCUCUCCGCAGACCGGUUCAACUUUAACUCCGUCAUGUCCUUCGGCAGAGACAUGGAGUUGGAGCACUUCGAUGAAAGGGAUAAGGCGCAGAGAUACAGCCGAGGGUCGCGGGUGAAUGGGCUGCCCAGCCCCACGCACAGCGCCCACUGCAGCUUCUACCGAACCCGCACGCUGCAGACCCUCAGCUCUGAGAAGAAGGCCAAGAAAGUUCGUUUCUAUCGAAACGGAGAUCGAUACUUCAAAGGGAUUGUGUAUGCCAUCUCCCCAGACCGGUUCCGAUCUUUUGAGGCCCUGCUGGCUGAUUUGACCCGAACUCUGUCGGAUAACGUGAAUUUGCCCCAGGGGGUGAGAACAAUCUACACCAUUGAUGGGCUCAAGAAGAUUUCCAGCCUGGACCAGCUGCUGGAAGGAGAGAGUUAUGUGUGUGGCUCAAUAGAGCCCUUCAAGAAGCUGGAGUACACCAAGAAUGUGAACCCCAACUGGUCCGUGAAUGUCAAGACCACCUCUGCUUCGCGGGCGGUGUCCUCGCUGGCCACCGCCAAAGGGAGCCCUUCGGAGGUGCGGGAGAAUAAGGAUUUCAUUCGGCCCAAGCUGGUCACCAUCAUCAGAAGUGGAGUGAAGCCGCGGAAAGCUGUCAGGAUUCUGCUGAACAAGAAGACGGCUCACUCCUUUGAACAGGUUCUCACUGACAUCACCGAUGCCAUCAAGCUGGACUCGGGAGUGGUGAAACGCCUCUACACCCUGGAUGGGAAGCAGGUGAUGUGCCUUCAGGACUUCUUUGGUGACGAUGACAUUUUUAUUGCAUGUGGACCGGAGAAGUUCCGUUACCAGGAUGAUUUCUUGCUAGAUGAAAGUGAAUGUCGAGUGGUGAAGUCCACUUCUUACACCAAAAUAGCUUCAUCAUCCCGCAGGAGCACCACCAAGAGCCCAGGACCUUCCCGGCGCAGCAAAUCCCCGGCAUCAACCAGCUCAGUUAAUGGAACCCCUGGGAGUCAGCUCUCUACUCCGCGCUCGGGCAAGUCUCCAAGCCCAUCACCCACCAGCCCUGGAAGCCUGCGGAAGCAGAGGAGCUCUCAGCAUGGCGGCUCCUCCACUUCACUGGCAUCCACCAAAGUCUGCAGCUCGAUGGACGAGAACGACGGACCUGGAGAAGGUGAAGUGCUGGAGGAAGGCUUCCAGAUUCCAGCCACAAUAACAGAACGAUAUAAAGUCGGAAGGACAAUAGGAGAUGGAAAUUUUGCUGUUGUCAAGGAAUGUGUAGAAAGGUCGACUGCUAGGGAGUAUGCUCUGAAAAUUAUCAAGAAAAGCAAGUGUCGAGGCAAAGAGCACAUGAUCCAGAACGAGGUGUCUAUUUUAAGAAGAGUGAAGCACCCCAAUAUUGUUCUUCUGAUCGAAGAGAUGGAUGUACCAACUGAGCUGUAUCUUGUCAUGGAAUUAGUAAAGGGAGGAGACCUCUUCGAUGCCAUCACUUCCACUAACAAAUACACUGAGCGAGACGCCAGUGGGAUGCUGUACAACCUGGCCAGCGCCAUCAAAUACCUGCACAGCGUCAACAUCGUCCACCGUGACAUCAAACCAGAGAAUCUGCUGGUGUACGAACACCAAGACGGCAGCAAAUCGCUGAAGCUGGGCGACUUUGGACUGGCCACCAUUGUAGACGGUCCCCUGUACACCGUGUGUGGCACCCCGACAUAUGUGGCCCCUGAAAUCAUUGCAGAGACCGGAUAUGGCCUCAAGGUGGACAUCUGGGCAGCUGGCGUAAUCACUUACAUCCUGCUCUGUGGUUUCCCUCCGUUCCGUGGAAGCGGUGAUGACCAGGAGGUGCUUUUUGAUCAGAUUUUGAUGGGGCAAGUGGACUUCCCUUCUCCAUACUGGGAUAACGUUUCUGAUUCUGCAAAGGAGCUCAUUACCAUGAUGCUGUUGGUGGAUGUAGAUCAGCGAUUUUCAGCCGUGCAGGUCCUCGAACAUCCCUGGGUUAAUGAUGACGGCCUCCCAGAAAAUGAACAUCAGCUGUCAGUAGCAGGAAAGAUAAAGAAGCAUUUCAACACAGGACCGAAACCGAAUAGCACAGCAGCUGGAGUUUCUGUCAUAGCAACCACCGCUCUUGAUAAGGAGAGGCAGGUUUUCCGACGAAGACGCCACCCGGAUGUGAGGAGCCGGUACAAGGCCCAGCCAGCUCCGCCCGAACUCAACUCGGAAUCGGAAGACUACUCCCCGAGCUCCUCCGAGACUGUUCGCUCCCCAAACUCGCCCUUUUAACAAGACCCAUUUACUCGAAGUCCUAGCUUAACCCUUUGAGACUCUGAGAUUUGUUUUUCCAAAUUUAUGUAAAACAGUUUCAUCUGAUCUACCUAGCACUCAAUGCUUGAACGGCCGAGCAGAACAGUGUGUUUUCUGGUAUCCUUGUAGCGAUUUCCCUUUGCUGAAUGAGACUGUGACUUGUCGUUGGUGGAGAUGGCAACUUGCUGCUAAUCGGGUCCUCAAAGGGUUAAGGCUACUUUGCAACUUUUUUAAACAUAGAAGCAAUGAAUGUUUUCAUCAGUCAAUCUAGGAUCUGCAGUAUGUAACAUAGCACUUGUUAACCCUCUGAGUGCAUAGGAUUUUAUGGGGAACCCUUGGGGGAUUUUUCAGGCCUUUGGAUUUAUACACACAUGUUUCUUGACUUUGCUGCAGAUCAAGGGGUUGUUAUUAGAUGCUGAGAUGUCCAGACAAGAAGAGCGUCUAGAAUGAUAUCUUGCGUGUCCUUUUUUGUGGGUUUAGAACAUGGCAGGUUUAUAACUUGAGAAUCAGCACCCCCUCUUUCCUCUUCACAAUCCUAUUAAGAAAGGGGCUUUCUUUGCAUUGGAGGUCUGUCAGCUGCCCUGAGUCCUGCAUCCUGAGUGGAGGGACCUGGGCCUGUGACCAACAGCCUGACCCAGAAUAUAGAUGGUGCCCUCACCCCCAAAUUGCCUCCAUAUGAAGAUGUGCUGAUGACGCCCCAGAAAUGCUGCUUCCACUUCAGCUGCUGCUCCUGCCGGCGCAGACCCUCAGGAAGGCACCGUAUCUUGUCCUGUGUUUGGUGAGUGAGAGUCUGACUGCUCAGUAUGAGACCUCUACAGGAAAAAAAAACACACAACUGGUGGAAAAGAGCAAUAAAUUGCCAGGUGCUCUAUAGGGCUGGAAUGUCAAACAGAAAGAGGCAACAAGAUCCUGUUCUUUUUCUCACCUGCUUUUUCAUGCAUUUCAGUCUUCAGUGUGCAAUCCACAUAGAGUAUGGAAUCCGUAAAAAGGAGGAGCACCGGGGCAUAGGGGCCCAGAGGCAGGUGCUCUGCAAGAUGGCCGAGGAGAAAGCAGAGUGGGCAAACAAUCUAGAAUAGUCUCAAAAUGGUUUUUAAAGAAAUAAACCAUUGGGAAGAUAAUUCCAUGUGCAUCUUUGGGUUACCUACAUAAUAGUCUCUCAGGGAGAACAGGAAUGGGAGACCUAGAGGGUAUUCCUGAGGAUAAAACUUCCACUCCCUAAGAUGACCUUUUUUUUUUUUUUUUUUGCGGUACGCAGGCCUCUCACUGUUAUGGCCUCUCCCGUUGCGGAGCACAGGCUCCGGACGCGCAGGCUCAGCGGCCAUGGCUCACGGGCCCAGCCGCUCCGCGGCAUGUGGGAUCUUCCCAGACCAGGGCACGAACCCGUGUCCCCUGCAUCGGCAGGCGGACUCUCAACCACUGCGCCACCAGGGAAGCCCAAGAUGACCUUUUUAUAGCACUGUCUUUAGCCAUCCAGAGGGAGAUGCUGUUUCUCUCUCUUUGGGCCAAGUCCUGUCCGACACGUGUAUUUUACUCCUGUUACCAAAUCUUUCUCCCUAGCCGUGUGUCUCCCCCAGUGAGCUUCUACUGCAGUGUGUCACGUUCAGAACGGGGGCCUGAGGCAGCCUGUAGUCACUGCGAUGCUUAGUGGGGAGGCUGGCCAUGGUGUUGGGAGGCAGGGGCCCGACUCGAAUGUCCUCCUAAGGUUUGCUCAACUCUGUGGCCCGGGAGACAACCAGUGAGUGAUGGCUCAUGAAAUCUGCAUCUAGAUGGCUGAACAGCACUCACUGUCUCGGCUUUGAAAUAUACUUCAAUACCUGAAAGUCUUGAAAUUUGUGUGCAGCACUUCCACAGUCAGUCCUUACUUUCAAAUACAGAUGGAUCUUCGAUGGCUGGUUUUUACUCUUCAACUGAUAAAGGUAUGGUCUAUAUUACUCUAGAUUUUAAAAUCACAGCAUGUCAUGACUUUUGCAGAAUUGUUCCCCCAGUUUUUUGCUCUUUCACAUUUAGGUUUAUCUCUUCGGUCUGUGUUGUCUUGCCAUGUAUAUAUUAGAUCAUUUAUUGAGAUUCCCCCCUGCCCCCCCACUCCCUUUUAGAGGGUCCUGAAAGCUUAAUACACAACAUCACAAAGUAGCACAAAUCAGCUGGGUUUCUUGGGGAGGAGGAGGGCAGAACACGAGGAAGGGUGCGGCGUGUAGGUAGAUUCCAUAUUAGUAAAGUUCCCUGAACUGGUCAGAAACGACUGCUUUCUCUAGAACUCUAAAGCAAAGCACUAUUCUAAGUAAGACUACGGAGUAGGUAAAUAGCUUGGCCUUAACUCUAAAUGUGGGAAUAUGAAAAAAUCCUAUGGGCAGAGACCUACCUACAGUAGAUUGUGAAUUUCUCUGAAUUACUGCUUUUCCCGUGGGCAUUACAUGUAUUGCUCCAAUAUCUAUUGUACAGACCUUACAGUGCAUGGCUCAGGCCUUUUUCCAUCCAAGUCUUGAAGGACUGUGGACCGUGUGAAGCUGUGGCGUGUUUCCCAGAACACUGCAGAGGGGUAGCUCGGAAGAAUGCAGGGCCAUUCAGCAUGGGGAUCCCAGUGCAUCGCUGUAGAAUUUGAGCGAUCUAUGCUGAAUAAACAGCGGAAUGUGACCUGUCAAGUAGAAAUAUUGAGUAAUCAGAUGGAAUGCAAUCUUUUCAGCACUAAGCUAUUGAGAUCCUGAAUGUCAGAGAUGUACUCAGAGGGUUAACAGACAAGCACAAGGCAUGCUGAUUACGUGGGUGUACCCAGACUGCUUUUGCUUUUAGUCAGUACUUUCUAUUUUUUUUCACAACAUUCUUGGGAUAGUUCAAGUUUGAAAUAAUUAAGUGGUGGUGUUCUUUAAGGAAUUUCUAUAACCAAAUGAUCUUAUUUUUUAUUUCACUUUAUUAUAGAAUAAACAUGUACCAUUAUGGCAGUGUAUCUAUCUCUAUAAUUAUCAAUUUAAUCAUUGCCACAAGUGUCUCCAUAUUUCUUUUCCUAAGUAUUUAAUAUAGCUCUUAUGGUGGUGGCCUGGUGAUGGGGACUGUCUUUCCUUUAUUGAUACAUGACCAACCAUAUGGUAUUUUCAAGGGAAUUUUAAGAUUCAUUUUGUUUCAGUUUGGUAGUAGACUUGUUAAGGAAAAAACUUUCAUUACUUGCAUCGUGUAAACCAUCUCUGUAGAUGAGAACUGUUCAUAUUGACGAACACAUUUUUUUCUCGACAUUGUAGCAGAAAUCAUUUUAUUUGUCAUAAUCAAUGAAUAUGUGAUUUGCUCCAGAUCAUUAGAAGGAAAAGUAAGAUUUCAGUCAUUGAAAAUGUUUUUACUGUAGCCCUUAUCUAACUUACACGUGGUGCAUACUAAAAUAAGCAGAGAAAAAAUUGCAAAUAAACUACUGAAAACGCUU